AAAUCGCUAUGACUCCCAAAUCUUACAUAUAGCAAAAGCACGCAAUGUUUCCACCGAAAUUUUAGUUUGACACAACAACAUCACCGAUGGGUGGACCCGAAGCAGCCACGGAACGCUACAGAUCGACAUGGCCCGGCGUCUCCGCGCCUCAGGUGUUUCUUCCUGGAGAUCGGAGAACUGGAGAAGCGAGCGAAUCACUCAGAAGUGUGCGUGGUUGGCUAUUGGCUUGCGUUUUCCUUCGGGCGGGGAUUAGCCUUGACCCUAGCAACCAAAUCCUUACUCCGUGACCCGUCUCCAAGUGAUAAAGUCAAAGUAAAGUUCUACUUAGAAGUUGGCAAAAUCCAGGGCCAACAAUCUUAUCGUUCUACCUACUAGUGUAUUGUCUCGUGGACCGAAGUGACAUCGUAGCAGCUAUUAGCACGACCACGACUUGCAGCACUCAGCUCUCAGCUUGCGCGAACAACACAAGUAGCUAAUCACACAUAGACAAAGUAUCCAACAAGACUUCGUUGAGCCACCCGCCGGGUCCGCCGGUCAUGUCGUCGGGCAGCGGCGCCGCGGCUGUCGCCGGCGCCGAGACGGCGCCGCACUUCGUGCUGGUGCCGAUGAUGGCGGCGGGCCACGCCGGCCCGAUGCUCGACAUGGCGCGGGCCCUGGCGCGCCGGGGCGCGCUCGUCACGUUCGUCACCACGACCCUCAACCUGCCCCGCCUCGGCCGCGGCCCCGGCGACGACGCGAUCCCGAUUCGCUUCCUCCCGCUCCGCUUCCCCUGCGCCGAGGCCGGCCUCCCCGAGGGCUGCGAGAGCCUCGACGCGCUCCCGGGCCCCAGCCUCCUCGGCCGCUUCAACGACGCCUGCGCCAUGCUCCGCGCGCCGCUCGUCGCGUGCCUCCGGGGCGAUGCCGCCGCCGGCGCUCCGGCGAGCUGCGUCGUCGCCGACGCCUGCCACCCGUGGACCGGCGGGGCGGCCCGGGAGCUCGGCGUGCCGCGGCUCGCGUUCGACGGGUUCUGCGCCUUCUCCUCCUUCUGCAUGCGACAGAUGAACGUCCAUAGGAUCUUCGACGGCGUCGACGACGACAGGCGUCCCGUGCGCGUCCCUGGUUUCCCCAUCGACGUCGAGAUAUCGCGGGCACGGUCGCCGGGGAAUUUCACGGGCCCCGGCAUGAAGGAGUUCGGCGAGGAGAUCAUGGCCGAGAGCGCGAGAGCGGACGGCCUGGUGGUGAACAGCUUCGCGGAGCUUGAGCCCCGGUUCGUGGACGCCUACGAGGCGGCCAUCGGCAAGAAGGUAUGGACCAUCGGGCCUCUAUUCCUGAACACCAUGCCGUCGGCGGCGGCGACCGCCGAGGACGCGGCCGCCGUCCGGUGCGCGAAUUGGCUCGAGUCCAAGAAGCCCCGUUCCGUGGUGUUCGUGAGCUUCGGCAGCCUGGUGCGCUCGUCGGUGCCGCAGCUUGCCGAGAUCGCGCAUGGGCUGGAGGCGAGCAACCGGCCGUUCAUCUGGGCGGUCAAGCCCGGCAACCUCGCCGAGUUCGAGUGGUGGCUGUCCGGCGACGGCUUCGAGUCCCGCGUCGGGGAGAUGGGGCUGGUGAUCAGGGAUUCGGCGCCGCAGAGGGCGAUCCUGUCGCACCCGGCGACGGGCGCCUUCGUGACGCACUGCGGCUGGAACUCCGUGCUGGAGUGCGUCGCGGCGGGGCUGCCGAUGGCGACGUGGCCGCACUUCGCGGAGCAGUUCGUGAACGAGAAGCUCGUCGUGGACGUGCUGCGUGUCGGGGUGCCCGUGGGCGUCAAGGACGCGACGCCGUGGGGCGUGGAGGCGGCGGCCCUGGUGGCGAUGAGGGAGGACGUGGCGAGGGCCGUGGCGGAAGUGAUGGACGGCGGGGAGGAGGGCUCCGCGCGGCGGGCGAGGGCCGCCGAGCUCAGCAGGAAGGCGCGGGACGCCGUGGCGCGCGGCGGCUCGUCGGACCGGAACAUGGCGCUUCUCAUGGAACACGUCGAGCGGAAGAAAACCACAGCGUCAGAAGAACAAUAAGCCGCCGAGCGGCAAGCGAGAGAAGGCAUGCUUGUUGUGAGAAGGCCAUGGCAAGUGUUAAAGGCCAUGGCAAGUGUUAUCAACCAGCUUAUUUGAAGAAGAAAUUGCCACUGAGUUCUCUCUAGCCUCACCGUUUAUUCUGAAAGGUGACACUUGAAUACUAGCUAUAUCAUCCAAUUUCUUCCA